CUUCGCUUGGCUUGGCUUGGCUUCUCCACUCACUUUACCUCAAACCAAACUGAGCCCAAUUGAUUUGGCUGCUAUUUUGGGAGACGAAACCAAAUUAAACCAGAUCAUACCCAAUCCCCUCAAUUCAAUACAAAUCGCAACUCUGAAGAUAAUAAUUUUACAAUAUAACAAGAAGUAAAUAAUCAAAUCAAAUUCUGACCACCAAAAACCAAAAACCCCAAAAACUGGGGAACGUCAUUUACAGGCGCUCCCGCAGCCACCGGAGACCGACGGCAAUGGCGGCCACCGCGUCUUCAGCCGCAGCCAAACCCCUUCCUUCCUUGGACUUCUCGGCCGAUUCUCCGCCACUCAGACUGGUCCUCACCCCGGAUCAGUACAAGUACUGCUCUCAGGCACUCAAGUUCUUCAAAGACAAGCUCCAGACUUCUGACCAUAUCCACCAGGAGUUCGCUCAGCUACAGGCGAAGAGGAUAACAUCAUCUGAUAUGAAGAGAAGUUGCACUGUGGCUCUUGAUAGUGUCAAUUUGAGCAAAAACCGAUACACCGAUGUCUUACCAUUUGACACAAAUCGGGUUGUUCUCAACUCCUGUAAGGAUUACAGACCUUCAGCAAGGGGCUACAUCAAUGCCAGCUUAAUCUCGACUGGUUCCUCCGAAAGCAUUUCCCGGUUUAUAGCAACACAAGGUCCACUUCCGCACACCUACGAGGACUUCUGGGAGAUGGUACUUGAGCAGCGUUGCCCUGUGGUCAUUAUGCUUACUCGCUUGGUCGACAAUUACAAGAUGGUUAAGUGUGGAGAUUAUUUUCAGGCUGAAAAUGGCCCUAGAGAAUUCGGUAAUAUAUGUAUAGCCACUAAGUGGCUAAGAACUACUGAAACUUCGUUAGAAUUGCGCCUUCUGGAGGUGAACUAUAAAGAGUCAGAGGAACCACCCAUGUCUGUAUUGCAUAUUCAGUAUCCUGAAUGGCCUGACCAUGGAGUUCCCGAGGACAGGAUUGCUGUCCGUGAAAUCUUGAAAAGACUAUAUGAAGUACCACCAAAUCUUGGCCCCAUUGUGGUGCACUGCAGUGCAGGUAUUGGGAGAACUGGAACAUACUGCACAAUUCAUAAUACAGUCCAAAGAAUUCUAGCUGGGGACAUGUCUGCGUUAGAUCUUGUUGAUACAGUAACCACAUUUAGGUCUCAGCGAAUUGGAAUGGUCCAAACACGGGAGCAAUAUUUUUUCUGUUAUUCUGCCAUCGUUGAUGAAUUGGAAGACCUCGUCUCAAAUGAGCUCAAUAGAGCUUGAUCAAUAACAAAAAUGCUCCAUAAUGCUGGAAGUGCUCGACCUACUUGCUUAUUGAAGAACUGUGUGAUGCAUCAUUAUUCUGGUGGAACAAAUAGUGCUGCUAACAGCUAAUUAAGUCUCCCCGAAUCAUCUGUUCCACGAUUUUUUUAACACGAAGGCACCAUGGAUCUGAAUAGUUAGGCAUUUCAAAGGUCCUGUUUGCCGCGCCAACAAGUCUACCUGUAUGUCUAAAUCAUAUAACACUGAUACUCAUGAGUUUCUAUUCAUUGCUAAUUGUUAUUCCUGGUGAACAUUUUUUUCCUUUCCUUUUUAUUUGUUUUUGUUAGUGCAAAGGCCGUUAGGAGGGGCCGUCCAUAACAAAAGCUUAUUACUUUCACUUUUCUGUUCAGACAUCUAAUUUGAUUUUAAGACUUUAUGAUUUCAUAUCAUAGGGGGAGACUUUGUUUGAUGACAGGGAAGUUUGGUGCAGAAUAUGGGUUUUGUGAAUGUGGAUUCCUAAUUUGGAUGAUGAAUGUGCGAAGAUUUGUAUUUA